GCAGUGUGCGGCGAUAUAGUUUUUUCGAACGUAUUCACAAAGCAAUUGAUUUUUUUUCGUGAACGAGAAAAAUUGUGAUUUUUAAUUCGGUUUAUUUUGUAAAUAGAAACUAUAAUGUCAGAGUCACCCAGCCCAGAGACAGAGACAGAAGACAUUAUAGAGCAGGAAGAAACAUCAGAAAAAGAAGAGACUAUGACAGAUAAUGAAGAAAUGUCAGAAGAUUUAACUGAUAAUGAAGAAAUGACAGAAAAGGGAGAUGGGUCGGAAAAUGAAGAGGAAGACGCAACAGAGAAUAAUAUGAAGUCAGAGAAUAUGUUAGAGAGGGAUGAAAUAACGAUAGAGAAGGAAGAUAUGAUGAGCAUGUUUGCCAGUGUGUGGGUCAAGGUGGAGGUGGAGGAAGCGAGAGAGGAAGAGUUACAGAUAGAUGAACGUCCAGAGAGACCGAAGCGUAAGCACCGUUCAAAGAAACACCUAAAAAACCUCGUCUGCGACCAAUGUGACUACCGGACAGCCUACAAAAACUGCUUAGAACUACAUAUACUCAGCCAUAAGCAGGGCAAAGGCUUCGCCUGCCAUGCUUGCGACUACAAGUCUAAAUACCCAACCGCACUACAGCGGCAUAUCGCCAUCCGACACUAUGAAAUGAACGGAGACACCCCCAUGGACAACGGGAAGCCUCUACCUCUACACCAGUGCCCGGACUGCGACUACAAAACCUUCUACAAAUGGAAUCUAGCCAGCCACAAGCGGAAACAUAAGCUUAUCAAACAGUUUAAAUGCCCGUCCCCCGACUGCAACUUUGAAACUGCUUACCGACAUAACUAUAUCAAGCAUAGCAAGGUCCAUAAAGAGUCUGUGGCUUUUAAAUGUGAUAAAUGCCCUUUUACUACCAGAUUUGAAGGGCAUAUAACUAGACAUUUAGCGAAAAUUCAUAAUGAGAUCACGGAAAAGGCCAAUAAGUGUGAUCUGUGCGAUUUCUCUACUAAAUUUAAAUGGAGAUUGAAAAUACAUGUGAAUAGAAUGAAAAAGGAACAAGCAUUAAAAUGUAGCUUCUGCGAAUUUGAAACUUUUUUUACAUGCGCUUAUAAAAAGCAUAAAGUAGACCAUUAUAAUGAAAUAUAUACUAAUCCUAAACGCACCAAAAACACUUUAAGCGCAGAACAGCAACAUAUUAAAGAUAUACAAGAUAAAAUGCAGGAGACAUCGGAAAUUGACUUGACGUUCCAUAAUUAUACUGAAAAAGAUAUACAAUAUAUACCGAGUGAGCCGGAGAAUCAUAAUAAAUACAACUUAGAUCCGAAUUGCGUGGAUUGGAACAACAUUCAAGUAUUAGAAACAGAUGAUAAAGAGAAACCGUUUCAGUGUCAUAUGUGUGCAUACACUUCGAAAUUCAAAGCCUCAGUGCAGAGACAUUUUCAAAGACAUCAUACUGGAAGUCACAAUAGACCGUACAAAUGUAUAAACUGCGAUUUUUCAACUAAAACUAAGGACCAAAUCGCUUUACACAAUAAAAGGAGCCUAUCCGACAUUAGACUUUUCUGUAACAUUUGCAAAUUUCAAACUUCAUACAAAUGUCAGUUCGUUAUGCACCAAAAGUGUCAUUACGCAUACAAAUGUACCGCUUGCAACUACUCUUGCAAACACAAGUACGAGCUACAAAGGCAUUAUGGUAUAAUGCAUCUCGGGAACGGUAUCAAAUGUAGAUUCUGCGAAUACAAAGCGUCUAGAAAGGAUAGCGUGCUUUGUCAUGAAACUAUUCACACCGGGAUGAAACCGUUCAAAUGUGAGUAUUGUGACUAUACGUCCAUAAGGAAAUCUCUGUUAGACAACCAUGUGAAGCGCUACCAUAGCGAUAUAAAGAAGGAUAUAACUAUAGUGAGCGAAAGUAAGAUAGAGAGUUUGAAGAUACCGCUGGUUCUACGGGAGCCCAUAGAUUUCUGUAAGGAAAAUCAGGACUAUAAUGAACCAAAAGAAUGAAGGUUUUUUUUUAUCUAAGUGUCUGACCACGCUUACUCUGCACGGAUUUUGUUAAGACGAUGUGUGGAACUGUCAACUGCUAUAGUUUCCAUGGCAAAAACGGCGCAGAGUUAGCUUAGACGAACUCUAAAGUGUCAUUCUAUGAAACUUGCUAACUAUGUAAACAAACCGCCAUAUUGAAAUUGUCAAAGAAUGACGAAUUUACUAGUGACCUUUGUUUACAUAGUUCCAUAGAAUGACACUUUAAACUUGAGUAAACAGUUAUAUUUAACCUUUUGACCGCCACGAUAAUGUCUAUAAAAUAAAAUUAUAUAAUACUAAACUAUAGGGACUAAUUUAACCUAUGUCGGCUAUGGCUGACUGUGGCGGUCAAAGGGAGGCUAUUCUCAAAAAAAAGUUUUGGUUACUCCUAAUUGCCACGACUCUUUACCAGCGAACUGAUAUACAUGGAAGUAUUCUGUCCGCUCAGUUAUGACCCAACGUAAACUAUUCGAUUGUAGGCGGUGCUUACAAACUAUUCGAUUCGCAACAUCAGUUCGUCCGAGAUGACAGUCAGUGACGGAUGGCUAAAUUGAUUUAUAAAAACAACGUUUUUUUGUAAUUAAAAAUGUCUUCAUGUGUCGUGAAGUAGUGAAGAAGUUAUUUUAGUUUAUACCAAGGAUAGUGGAAUCACUUUUCACUUGUAGUAAACAGAUAACUUCAGUAAAAUUUGGAAUAAACAUGACGAUUUGUUUUCAAUACUACCGUGCUAAGCUAAAACGUAACAACUGCAUACGACUUUCAUAACAAGAUACGACUUUUUAAAUUGCGAGGAUAAUAGGGAUGGUGUUAUGCCAAAUGAAGUAGACUAUUUUAUUAACUUGUGCUUGGUUUAGGUAUUUUCUAUAUAAUUAUAAAUGUAGUAAUGAAUUCUUUCUUACAGAUUUGUAUUUUCCUUUUUUAUUUCAUGAGAUGGAGCUGUAAAAAAACUACCUAAUUAUACUGGGUCAAGCAAAUCUUGUCAGUAGCAAACGGCGGCAAAUUUGAAAAAUCGCGGGUUAGCAACACUGUGUUCGAAUAAUUCGAAAAUCGCGUGUCAUCUGUGUUUUAUCUGUGGAAUGUGGAUCGCGAAUGACAGCCAUCAUCUUGUUUGUUUACAAAUGGUUUACAAUCUGAAUCGAUUCUAUUUCAAGAGAUAUUUCUGCUGUGUCACCAUUAAAUACCAAUAUAUUAAAUAAGACUGCUUAAUUAAAGCUAAGGUGCCUACAAUGCCUACAGUGCCAACUGAGAAAUAUAAUAAAAUAUGAAAAUCCAGUAUGACAUCUACCUGCUGAAGCAAUGAUUUUAUUCAUACAUUCUUGUUUAACGGCAUAGUCCACUUACAAUUUUAUUUUGAGAUCUUCAAAUUAGUUAAUCAUUUUUAUCAACAUCACACACCGCUUUUAAAUUGUCCGUCCAUGCGUAUUAAUAACAAUUUCAAACAUUUUCAAUAGAGAAUCCGCGAGUGACAAUUUGAAUUGACGUACGUGACAAGGCGCGCUCAGCGGAAAAAAAAGUUUUGGUUCGAUGUACAUUGUACAUUGCUGCUUUUCUUAGCGCAAUACUACUCUUUGAGUGUUGCCCUACUUUAGUUUGCUUUACAUUGCUACUGACAAGAUUUGCUUGACGCACUAUAUUUCAAAUUAAUAAUCAAAUUUGAUAUUAUCAUUUUACAUUACUUUCCAUUCAGAUUCCCACAAGAUGCCAUUCGCAGAGAACUAUGGAAAAAAGCUGUCCAAUUAGAGAGACAUGAAAUUAAGUGGAGGCCUGGAAAGAUAUCUAGAAUAUGUUCUAUUCAUGAGAUAUAACUCGUGAGAUAAUCAUACCCGGUCUCCUAUAUGUAGAUACACUUCCACUGAAUUAAUUUAAUAAAUACACACAUUAUCUGAAAAUGUUGAUCAUUCGAAUCCACCCUCUACCGUCACAUAUAUGUAGGUUCUCUCUCAAGCCAUUUCCGUCAGUAGAAAAGAGCGGCAAAUUUAGAAAAUGUAAGCGCGCGAACGGGCGUAGUCCCAUACAAAAUUUUAAUUUUGCACCUUUUUCUACUGACAAACUUGCUUGACCGGCUAUAUAAAAUAUUUCCAUUGGAACUGAAAGUGGGGAUUUAUUGUGACUCCGCCUAUUCAAAUAUUUUUGACCAGAUUCGUGUACCCAUGUAAAUUUUGCAGGCUGUAUAGCCAGUCCGAAUUCUAAGAUCAAGUUUACCAUACAUUUACAAUGGCGUACUUGAUCUUAGAAAAACGGACAGACUAUACCUGAACGUGACUUCGCACUGCCAUACAAAUUGAUAAUAAAAUAUACAAAAUACUUAUUAUAGCGGAAUACAUUUAUACAACAAUGAUAUAUUUACUUAUGUUGAGUUAGUCUGUCAUUUCAUAACAACAUUUUAACUAGUUAUCUUUUAAUCUGCAUUAAAUUAUUAUACGUGAAUUAUUUGACUGGUUCUUCAAUGUAUGGCAUAAACCUAUCCCUGUCCAAGUCAUAUUCUAAGCAAACUCUCAGCGGCCAGUACGUACAGCAAGAAGGUUAUUAGCGGAUUAAUGUCGCUGAUUGGUAGUUAUUGACAUUAUAUGCAUUUCAUCUACACUUAGCUAUGUACCAUUAGUGUAAUAAAGAUGACUAUUAUUUUGUUUACCAGCUUUGAUUACAGGCUCUGUAAACGCGUCGUCUUAUUUAAAUGUAGGCGUAAUUUUGUAUGUGUGCUAAUUUGGCCCGAGAAUUUGAACGGUAAUGUUCCUAAAGGCGGUUUCCAUACUAAAUAUAUGCGUUCACUGCUCUUUACAUACACUUUACAUGGUGUCGUGAUAAUUAUAUUACCGACAUAUUUUCUGGGAAGAGUCGUCAAUUACCGCCAUUUGAUGUUAGUGAUGCGCCAUACUUUAUUUAUAAUAUUUUUUUUAUAAUUAAGAAAAACAAAUGUAUAAAUAAAUGCAUUUAAACAGAUUGUGCUGGCACAAUAAAAACAUCUAAAAUUGACUUUUGAGAGUUUUGAGACUCAAUGCGCCAUACUAGUACCUACCUAAAUAUUUGAGGAAUAGCUUAUUUGGGUGAAUCAACUUUUUACUGUCGCUAGUUGCCAUGGUUACGGUCUCCUGGGUCACUCUUAAAAUACUAGUUAUCUCGUAUUUAAAUGAACCAAACUUGAAUUUUUUGGUAGUUAUAAGGCCUUUACAUAAUGGGACAUCUACUAAGCACGUUUGUAGAAUAUGGUACAGCAGCUCUUCUAAGAAACUAUGCUACUAUUGUCUCCUGGCUGAUGGGACAGAAUAACAACAAGAAAUAGUUGAUCGACCUAUUUCUGUUUUACGAGAACUAUGAAUCUAUGUUACUAUCGCUUUCUCCUGGACUCUUCAUUUGAAAUCGUCUAAAAAUUCUAAGUCUAUAAUUAGAUUUUAAAUAAAUCUCAAACGGAAAAUCUAGCUAAGAAGUGUUUACUAUCAUGGCAAUAGGGAUGACGUUUUUUUUUGGUCCAGAGAUGCAUGGAUUUUGUUAAAUGGUGCUUAAGUAAUUUUUUUGUUAUCCUUAUUGUUAUAGGAUGUUAUAAUAUGAAACAGCAAUCUCAAAAAAUAGGUCUACCCUUCUAAUUGCCGCCACCUCUUCAUACAAUUUUUGUAUGUAGCCGUGGCGAUUAAGCCGCAGACAUUUUUAAAGAGCCGUAUGCGACAUGCAAAUGUAUUAAACGUAUUAUGUACCUAAAUAGUAAUUAUUGACCGUGAAAUAGAUAUAUUUUUACAUUUAGGUAGUUUAGUUAUUAUGCAUAGAUUGCAUAAUCAGGUAUGUUUUGGAAGCUGAGUUCAUGUAUUUUUAUUUUUUUGUUGAAUUAGAUUUUUACCUCAUUGUAGAUUUUAAGCAGGCAUCUUACAACCAAAUUUGCAGGCAUAUUAGAGCGUUUCUUUUAUUUUUCCAUUUUGAUAUAUUGUGACCUUUUUUGCCACUUUUGUGUUAUUUCUACUUACGUACUGGGACAAAAAAUGUCCCAGAGUCUUUUUCCUAUUGUGUUACCAUUUCCCCAUAUACUUUGUAUGGCGGUAACAAAAAGGAAAGUUUGUAAAAUUUAUGGAAAUUUUAGGACACAUUUUUUUCUUCUAUAAUGAUGAAAAGGGCUCGCGACCCUGACUAGAAAUAACACAAAAGCGGCAAAAAAGGUAUAAUAAAAAUGGCAAAAAAUAAAAGAAACGCUCAUUAAACAGAUGGUUAAACCCUUUUACCCUUUUUUAUUAUUAUGAAAUAAAUUAUGAAUUAUUUCAUAAUAAUUACCGCUAAUGACGUCUAUUGACGUCAAUGACAAAAAUAGUACUUUCCUGUUGCACACAUUUAUUCUUGCUCGGUUCUGUAUCUACUUCCAGCUUCGAUUUUAGCAAUAUAAGACGUGAUAGGACGUCUUGACAAAAUGGUAUAACCAUCUAUUUUAAGCUAAAUGUUUGUAUUUUCUGUUUAUAAAAGGAUGCCUCUUAUGUGUUAGAUACAGUAUAGUAAAAAUACCGAAAUUAUGUGAUAAUCCAACAAGGUUCCAUCUUGCUCCAAGAUCAGGUAUUUUGGGAAAUAGGUGGUCUAUAGUACGGAACCCAUAUAUAUCUUCUUUACGAGUUGGUAUGGUUGGUAGCUAUAAAAUCAAAUUAUGUUUCCAAUAGUGUAAAUUAUACCAUAUUACAUUAAUGAUAAAAUGUCAAUUUUGCCAUAGUUAUUUUUAUUGUUGAUUUUGUAAAUAAAAUCAUAGUAUUA